AUCUUCUCGUUUUAUCUAUUUCCUUCCCAACACUCAUACCCAUGAGAGGUUUAUCUGACCUUCUGUUAUUUUUAGAAAUGAUGUAUUGUGCAGCGUCUACUAUAUCGGUUUCCUCUUUCCUUGUACGUGAUCAGUUCAUUUGGCUCCGUUAUAUUUAUACCGGUGCGAGAAUGAUAUAAUAUAGAGCUUAUCUUUGAAUUUUCGAUGCAAACAAACACACUACUAAUAAUAGCAUUUCGGACAGCCAAUAAAAGCGCAUGGACGUGCCAAAAAAAAAAUAACAUUUCGAAUAAUGCAUGUGAGCAACUAAAAUAAUCUGAAAAUAUAAAAUUGAAUCGAUCCGGGCGAGUCAGGAUUGCAAUCAAACUGAAGAAAUGCAGUUUUUAAGCAUAACAUAAUGCAGUCUCUUGAGGGGCAUAGCUUUUGUAUGUAAAACAUCAAUAUGCGUAAGCUCGCCUAAUUGUCUUUGAACUGUUUAUAUAGGCAAAUGCCUUUUGCGUCAACGUGAAAGUUAUUGCUCAGGUAAACACGCUCGUUCUCGCAGAUUUAUGCGGAUCUCUCCACGACUGCUAACUGCGUUACCUUUACCAACAGCUGCUAUUGGACCGUUCAUUUCCUGUGUUGCUGUUUUGUUACGACUUGCGGAUUAAAUUUCAUUUAAUAUCAGCCAUAAAUUUUUCUUCGCAAAAGCCUACAGUGGUUUGUGACGAAAGUCUUGCGAGCGGCCAUUUUGCUGGUGCUUGGAAUUAGCGAAAGGUAAGCACUGAAUUAUUAAUAUUCUGUUCUAAGCUCUUGCUGAAUGCAGUCUAGUGUACAAUCGAGGUUUUGUUGAUGAGUUAAGUUCCCAAGCGUAUUGUUGUUGUCUAGAAACGUCGCUUCUUUGCGGUGUUAAGCGAAGAGUAAUCACCUUAUCGCCAUAUUUUCCUCUUGAUAAUACAAUAAUCUCGACUGGCACGUUCUCGCACUAACUUGAACAGUUUUUUAUUCCUUUAGAAUCGAGGAGCAGUUUGUGAAAGCACUGAAUUCAGCGAUGCUUCGAACUCAACCGUCUAUUCUCCUUGUCUUUGUAUUCGUUAUGCACUGUUUGUCCGCUGUAAUUGGUACAACUGCAAGUAAGUGGCCUUUUGCUGUGAAAAUACAAAUUCUCUAUCCGCUAGAUUGGUGUACAUUCAGUCAUAAAAACAUUUAAAUGAUUUCUUUCUGGGGUUGAUUUGAUAUGCCUCGAGCAUUGAACGUCUAAGUUUCGAAAUAGCUACACGUUUUGUAUGGUUCCAGUCGAAUGACCAUACCAAAUUGAUUUGAAUACUAUAUUUUUAUCCCGGAAGUAACACAAUAAAGGGGUCCGAUAUGUAAAAUUAAGAAUUUUUAUGCUUUUACAAUAACUUAUUUCCUGUAUCAGUUUAUUUUAAAACAUCUUUUUUUCAUAUAUGCUCCUUUUUCUAAUUAAUGAUUAAGUAACUAAACUGUAAACCAUUAUUUAUUUUUUGUGACACAAACACAAACGAAGGCUCUUCAUCUGUACAUCAGAUAUUAAGAUGCAAUACCAUGGUUUAUUGGCUUAAAAAGCAUUUAACUCUCUCCAUGUUCUCAGACAUCUCGUUGAGGGUCGGGCCUUUGAUUGCUUUAGAACUUUCAUAUCCCCAUAUGUUAUCACGGCCAGCCCACUGCGAUUUAUUUGUUUGAAAGAAGAAUAAUCCGUCUGUAAAAAACACACGUUUUUUGUUUUUUUUUCCACGGGAGCUAGAUAAACAAAUUGAAACUUUCAUUUGGCGUCUAUUUCUCUUGUGUUUUGGCGAGAAAAGGCCCCAUGAACGUGUGCGGCAACCUUGCAAUAUAUCAAUAUUAUUUUUCACGUGAGGUUUACAAGUUAGCUGAGACUUGGUAGAUUAGAGCCAGUUCACAUAACUCGCAUCAAAAAUAUUUAAAGAGGGUAACUGAGUGGCCUUUGCUUAUAUAAAUGGAUAUCACAUGAUGGAGGCUUCUUAAAAUUAUUCAUGUGACAUUAAUUCUGAGUUCGUCUUCACCACGGGCGGUCAGAUUACAUGACAAUAGGUUCAGACAGUUUUGUAUAAAAACCGGCAUCUCGUGAAAUCACCACAUUUAACCUCUGGAAAAAAAUGAAGAUGGGCUCUCGUGACAUCCUUAAAACCUGUGUUACUCUUUCCGAACUAAGAAGACUCACCCAAAGAGAGAUUGCUGAAAGUUGAUGGAAGCAUGCUCUUUCAUCAUUAGUUGAACAAAGUUCGAAAAUGAUGGAAAGUAAAUUAUUCAGGGAGGGGGAAUCCGCGCAUUUAGUCGUUUACGUUCAUCAGUCCCUUUUAAUUGUUAUUGAUUCUUCGUGAUGAAAAACUUUCAUCUGAUGGGCUGUUUUGAUAUAAGUUUUGGAUUUAUGACAAUCAAUCAAUAUGCGCUCUCGGCAUAGGUGCUAAAUUACCACGACUUACACUGUGGUACACCUCUAUUUUAAAAGAAAAAACUUUGAUUAACAUGUCUCCUUUUUCGCUAAACAACUAUUCUAGUACAAAAUUAUGAUAGGUAAACUGCGUAUUUGUUGCUAUUUUAUGUAAUAAAAUUCAAAAUAAGUAAUCAUCACACAAGUUUAUUCUUAUCUUUAACAUUAGCGAUAAAUGCAAGUUCACCGACUCCGGCUAGUACUGGUAAGUUUUUUUCUUAUUGUUGUUCGACCUCUCGCAUUAACUAAGUUAGACUAUGAGAAUAAUUCACUGUAAACUAAAUUUAAAAAUUCCUUUGUAGAUCUCUGUGUUGUUGAAACUGUUGACUUGUGGGGGAAAAUGUCUUGCCAUCAUCUCAACCAAUCAGAUACAAAUCUAAAAUAUUCCACUAAAAACUAAAUUUAAAAAUUCCUUUGUAGAUCUCUGUGUUGUUGAAACUGUUGACUUGUGGGGGAAAAUGUCUUGCCAUCAUCUCAACCAAUCAGAUGCAAAUCUAAAAUAUUCAACAGCUUUGCCACCCGCGUUUUCCCGCGCAUUUAGUUGUUUACGUUCAUCAGUCGCUUUUAAUUAUUAUUGGAUCUUCGUGAUGAAAAUCUUUCAUUUGACUGGCCGUUUUAAUUAUUUAAGUUUUAGAUUUUCGACACUCAAUCAAUACGCGCUCUCAGCAUAAUCGCUAAAUUACCACGACAUAUACCUGUGGUACACCUCUAUUUUGAAAGAAAAAAACUUUGAUUAAUAUGUCUCUUUUUCGCUAAACAACUAUUCAAGUACAAAAUUAAGAUAGGUAAACUGCGCAUUUGUUGCUAUUUUAGGUAAUAAAAUUCUUAUAAGUAAUCAUCACACAAGUUUAUUCUUAUCUUUAACAUUAGCGACAAGUGCAAAUGCUUCGACUACAGCGAUUGCAAAUGCAUCGACUACAGCGAUUGCAAAUGCAUCGACUAUAGCGAGUACUGGUAAGUUUUUUUCUAAUUGUUAUUCGACCUCUCGUAUUAACUGAGUUAGACUAUGAGAAUAAUUCACUUUUAAGUGAUUUUAAAAAUUCCUUUUGUAGAUCUAUAUGCUGUUGAAACUGUUGACUGGUAAAGGAAAGUGUCUUGCCAUCAUCUCAAACAAUCAGAUGCAAAUCUAAAACAUUCCAAAACUUUGCCACCCGCGUUUUCCCGCGCAUUUAGUUGUUUACCUUCAUCAAUCACUUUUAAUUAUUAUUGGAUCUUCGAGAUAUGUAUCGUUCAUUUGACUGGCCGUUUUGAUCUUUUAAGUUUUGGAUUUACGACAUUAAAUCAAUAAGCGCUCUUAGUAUAGCUGCUAAAUUACCACGACCUAUACCUGAGGUACACCUUUAUUUUAACAGGAAAAAAACUCUGAUUAAUAUUUCUCCCUUUUUCGCUAAACAACUAUUCUAGUACGAACAUAAGAUAGCUAAAUAUCGUAUUUUUUGCUAUUUUAGGUGAUGAAAUUCUUUAUAAUUAAGUAAUUAUCACACGAGUUUAUUCUUUUCUUUAGCAUCAGCGAUAAUGACAACCAGAACGACUGCGGCAAGUAAUGGUACUGAAGUUUUUUUCUUGUUGUUGUUCGAUCUCUUGCAUUACCUGAGCUAAACUAUUAGAAUAAUUCACUUUUAAGUGAUUUUAAAAAUUCCUUAUGUAGAUCUAUUUGCUGUUGAAACUGCUGACUGGUAAAGGAAAAUGUCUUGCCAUCAUCUCAACCAAUCAGAUGCGAAUCUAAAACAUUCCAAAACUUUGCCACCCGCGUUUUCCCGCUCAUUUAGUCGUUUACUUUCAUCAGUCACUUUUAAGUAUUAUUGGAUCUUCGUGAUAUUAAUUUUAAUGUUUCAUCUGACAGGCCGUUUUAAUUAUUUUAGUUUUGGAUUUACGACAUUUAAUCAAUAAGCGCCCUCAGCAUGAUCGCUAAAUUACCACGACCUUAUUGUGGUAAACCUCUAUUUUGAAAGAAAAAAACUUUGAUGAAUAUGUUUCCUUAUUCCGUUAAAUAACUGUUCGACGGAGUACGAAAAUAAGAUAGCUGAAUAGCGUAUGUUUUGCUAUUUUAGGUAAUAAAAUUCUAAAUUAGUUAUCAUCACACAAGUUUAUUCUUAUCUUUAGCAUUGUCGACAAAUGCAACCCCAACGACUGUGGCAAAUACUGGUAAGUUUUUUUUGUUGUUGUUCGAUCUCUUGCAUUACCUGAGCGUAACUAUGAGAAUAAUUCAGGUAAUUUAGUGUUAACAACUGGGUUGAAAACGUAAAUUAGCCACCGUAAAGGGUAAAAAAGCUGACGUUUCGAGCGUUAGCCCUUCGUCAGAGCGAUUGAGAAUAAUUCACUUAAUUCCUUUUGUAGAUAUAUAUACUGUUAAAACACUCUUAUUCUCUUGUUUUUUUCUCUUCUUCGCUUUUUUUCCUAUUCCCCUCUCUUCCCUUCAUCUACCUUCCCCUUUACGGACCGUAAAUCUUUCGCCAUGUUAAGGUUGCUCUGUUUUCUUAUGUUUUUGAAGUCGCUGUUACGUCAGCCAAGACGAAUGAUAUAAGAUCGAUUUCGCCAACUACAGUUGUACCAGGUAAAGACGAAAGCUAGGUGUAAAGUUCCCUCUUAGGUUUGUUGUGUGAUUGAUCUUUGGUCGUAGAAGAGUGGGUAAUGCCACUUUGUAAGUUAUUUCCCCUCUCAGUUGCAAAAUAGUCUAAUUCUAACAACUGCAGUUUAUCGAGCUCGGUUUAUAGUUGUUAGUUCUCAAAAUAAUGCUUUAGAGAAAGUUCAGGGAAAAUGCCUCCUGUUCGCUGCUCUUUAAUAUUUCGUUAAUUAGUACAAAUUUCCACUCUCUUUUGUAAAUCAAAAGACAUUCCCAUUACAACUUCUUGUUCGCUAUCCCGGAUGACGUCCCACGCGGCAGUAAUACCGUAUCCCAUGCUAGCCAAAUAUCUCAUCUUCUGAGGGUGAUCAAAGGUCAUUUAUAAAACUUUCAAUGACUUCAAAUUGUGUUGAGGUAUCAACAAUUCACGGUGUGGGACAUAGCCUCCUCCUCUCCCCAGCCCUCUUCGUCCUCAGUGAUAUUAGGGAAAUUUCAUACUAACUUAUUUUCAUCAACAAAUCCUUUUCAUAGAAUCUACCAAACUUGUUACAUCCUCGAGCAUAACAAUAGCAGGUAAGAUGGAAUUUUGGCCUUUAACUCUCUCACUCGAUCCCAUGAGUGACCAAGACAGAAUUUCUCCUUAAAAUAUCAAAGUAAUGUCAAGCAGACUAGUGAUGAGAAGAAAGAAAAAUAUCAGUAAGGGGAAUAUUAAAUUAUCCAAUACCAAAUUCUCCGAACCGAAAUCAUAGGAAUUGUUUGGCAGACAGUAAGGAGAAUUUCUAAAGAGAUCAUGGGAGUGAAAGGGUUAAACAUAUUGAUUGUAUUUUCCUUUCAUAUGUAAUCGUUUUACUCAAGUAUUUUUUUACAUGUCGGAUUCUCGAAAACAUAAUCAUGUGGCGUUAGUCUUUAGUGAAUACUAGAUGAUACAAAUUAACUUCAUGGUUAGAUCUUACUUUUAAAGGGGGCGGAUACAACCGCGCUCAAAUAAAUCACAGCGCAUAAGGUCACAAUGUUUUGCGCAUGCAAAGAGAUUUGACAGAAAAUGAGCUUAAGCUAUUGCAUAACAUAGCGAUUCUAAAACAUGGCGAGACGAUUUAGUCUGAUUUGUUUUCUAUGCUCGAAUUAUUUCUCAAUCAACGAUGCACCUUUGUAUUAAUCUCCACCUUGCCAUUACAGUUUGAAAAUGUACCUUUUGUUAAAUGUUGUGCCAUCCGGAGGACAAAUGUACAUAACCAUGCAGUGUAGCAGAACCCUAGUGCCACAGGGCAAUAACGUUUGACUUAUGACGACUCGAACAACCUUGUUUUAAUGAAGGCUUUUCGAAAGAAGAGCAUCCCAGGUUUCCAAGGCGGAAGCCACGUUUUGAAAACAACAGUAAGAACGAUACAUACAUUUCUAGCAUUCUGAUUGGUUCAGCCAGCUCCGGUUAUCAGCCCAUAUUCCGAGUCUCCUUAUAUGGAAAUGCAUUGCGCCAACUGUUGCGGAGCUGAAAAAGCUCCGAAUAUCCAAACAUUCAGGAUUUGAUAAAAUUUAAUAAUUAACAAUUAUGCUAUUCGCACUUGUUGGAUACAAGAGUGGUCAAAGCCAACUCGGCGCCACGCACUUCGUUGGCUACUUACCGUCUCUGAUCCAACGCGCGCUUAUGGAAUUGUUUUCAAUUAUUCACCGAAGUGGAGGUGAAUAAUUGAGAUACAGAUACCGAAAAAUAAAUCUAUUAUAUUAUUCAAAUAUACCGAAAAAUAAUCGGAAAUGAAACUCUUGACGCGCCAUUUUGCCUCAUCGGCUGACCGGCGGUGAAUAUUACCUACUAUUCACUUCUAAACUAGACAAUCAGCGCGCGCGCGUGGAAAGAUCUAUUCACUUGUGUGGUCUAUACUAAUUGUUAAAUUUUCAGUUCAUUGUUUAAAAUGCACCUCUGGUAGCUACCUUUAUGGCAUGUUACUGACAUAUUGUCAUUGAGUUUGUUUCUUAUUCUUCAGCGCCUAAAACGACUCCAACAAGUUCAACAAAAGGAACACAAAUCUGGCAUAAGCUCAUCGAUUUCACCACACCCAGGGGUAUAUUUAUAAUUGUGGUGGCCACCGUAGCUUUGAUGCUCAUAUUCUUCAUCGCUUGUAUCUGUUUCUGCGUGAGUUGGCUUUAUUUGAUUUAUUUCAUGUAAUUUUAACUCAUUUCCUGGUGUCAUUGUAUUUACUUUGAAGAUAAAUCUCUAACUUCUCUUGUUUUUAUCUUUAAAAUCGUUCGACCCCUCGAACCCCCUGAGCAGCUUCUAUGUUCUAUUAACCGCACUCCUCUCACAUCUACUGGUAACGGUGACAGGAAGUUGUUUAUCAAUCAAGUUAGAUGGUGGUUAUUUCCUCUAUUUUCGCAACCCUUUUUAGUUUUUUUUUUCGACUAGCAGUUCCACGCAGUAAAUUUACACCAACAAUUUUGCGUCCAGGGAAUGACAUUUAAAAAACCUAGGGUAUUGGUCUCCAUCAGUUGUAAAAUAUUACGUACCUGGCAAUUGCCCAGACCAGUCGUUGGUUUAAUUUUCGUUCGUUGUUGACCAGCUACUUUGUUCCGUGAGGACUCCCACUGCCCAUGUUGACUCGCAAACAGUAACCUUCACUCACAAGUAAAUACAGUGCAUUGUCGAAACUAGCAGUACUUCUAAAGUAUAGAGGCUAAGCGAUAAGCAGACUAGUCGUUCAAAUACAAAGUCGUUUCGAUACAAGUCGACUCGAUACACCGAUAAAGUCGAUUAAUAACACGUAGAGAGUCGUUUCGAUACAACUUCAAUCACUUGCUUCGAAUCGACUUUGUUGAUGAAUCAAAUUGAAUUCCAUUUGUAUCGAAAUGACUUGUAGCGAAACGUUUUUGUAUCGAAACGACCGUAAACUGGUAUUAACAAAUACCCAAAGGAAAAAGUUGACAUACAAAAGCAUAUCGAUGAGCAGUCGUGGUUUUCACUUUUCAGUGUAAGUAUACGAGGCUGAAGAGGAAGACUAACUUCCCACAGCGCAUGGCGAUCAAUGAUUCCGAAUGGAUACGAAGCAAUGACGAUCUUCUCAUGUGGGAACGAAAUUUGCGCGCUUCGGAAGUGAAAACAACAAAUGGUAUUUCAAACAGGCCAUACAACGACAAGCGAGCGUGAAGCGGGCAUGGUAGUUGUGCUGAGGGGUAAGUUAGUGAAUUUGAUAAAAAAAAUCGUAUAAUGCAUAUAAAAAAAUUUCCAUUACCAUUCUUAGCAUGUUCAUCAUCUGGCAGCAGUAUGUGAGAUUUCUUUCUUUGGUUUUUUUUCAUUCCUCCAAUUUAAUUUGUUUCCUUCUUCUUUCCUCCCUUUCCAUCCUUCUCUUACUCUGACCUUCAUCGAUUUAAUCUGCUGUCCCUCUCUCGUAAAGCCACCAUUAUUCACACUUCGCUUUCUCUCCCUCUAGUGUCUUUCCUUCUUUCCUUUCCUCCUCUUCUUUCAUUUCCCUUUUAUUGUUGGCGUGUCGCAUUUUUGUUUUCAUCCUUCCCUUUUUUCUGUCCAUGUUUUCCUCCUUCCACCUGUAAUAUUCUCUCUUUCUUCCUAAACUUUCUCCUUCUUCCUUCCUUUUCUCCGAUUUCUCCCUUUCACUCUCCUUCCUCUCCUUUUUCCUGCCUCCCUAUCUUCUUCCCUCCCUUCACUUUUCCUUCUCUCUCUUUCUAUCUCCCUUUCCCUUUAUCUUGUCAUAUUCUUACCCUCGCCCACGCUUUGUUCUACCAUUCUCUCCUUCCUUUUCUUCCUAACCUUCUGUUUUCCUCCCUCCUUCAUUUAGCUUUCUUUUACGCCCUACUUCCUACGUCUCUCUCUCUCCCUCUCUCUCCUGUUUUCCUCUUUUCCCUUCCACACCUUCCCUUCGUCUUCCGUUUCUCUCUUUCUCCCUUUAUCUUCUUUUGCUUUUACCCUGUACUCUUCCUUCCUUCACUUGUAUUCUCUCUAAUUCUCACCUAUUGCUUUUUUUCCUUUUCCUUUCCUUUCACUCUCUUUGUCUCCGUCUACCCCAAUACCUUCUACCCAAUCUCUUUUUCUUCCUACUUUCCUCUCCUCCCUUACCUCCUAUUUCUCUCACUUCCCCUUCUUCUCUUCCCUUCAGUAUUAUUUUUCAAGCUUAUCUUCUAGUUUGUUUCAUGGCAAAAUCUAACGUUUAAUCACUGAAUCUCUCACAUACUGCAUUUUUGACAUAACCGUAUCUAUUUGUCAUUUUAUAUCAGAAUGGAAAAAAAACACAAGGAAAACCGAGCCUUCAGUGGAAGCCGAGGACAUCAACAAGCCUCCAAACUUUUUGUUCUGAUGUAGACGGGCAUCGAGGUCAAUGUGUAUUUGUUUAUUCGUAUCUUAAAGCUUUCUUUCACUGUUUCAUAAUUUCUCAACCAUUCUGGUAUCAUUUUGAAGAAUCGUCGAUAUUCAUUUACGGGUAGUAAUCCCCUUGUAUAGAGCUUCGUUCAAAAUAUUUUACGAUUCCAUAUUUAACAGUUGUUCACCGAAGUGGAGGUAAAUAUCCAGCACUUUCACUGACACUGGGAUGUAUAAUUGCUUUAGUAUAUACCACACAGAAACCUAACAAUAAGUAUAUUUCUGUCAAUAUAACGAAAAAUGGUCGGAAAUUAGACUCUUGACUCGUGAUUCGUUUGUAUCAUUGGCUGCACGAAAGUGAAUAGCACUCGCUAACCACUUCCGAAACAGCCAAUCAGCGCGCGCGAAAAGCACUAUUCACUCGUGUGGUAUAUACUAAUGAGUGAUAAAUUCUUUGAUUCUUAAGGUCUUUCCUGUUGUUUUUGAUUUAUUUUAUGUUAAGAAACCCGGUAUUUAUUGUUAUGAAAGCUUUCAGGUAAUUGUGAAAUUGUAUAUGCAUUGUUGCUCGGUGUAAUUUAGCAAUGUGCUUCUUAACGAGGUUUUAGAAAGUUAUUGAUAUAAUGGUUGUUUUACUCUUUAUGUAGCUGGUUAUUGGCUGUCUGCAUAGAUGGUAUUUUAUUACGUAAUUUCUUUUAAGCAGACGUUAAGUUAACCACGUUUACUAUCGUCACUCAACUUAAUUUCUUCCGCUUAGCAGUGUAUAUAAUUAGAGGCGGUAUUUAGAGAGAAACACACACCAGCGCGAGUUUCGUACCGGGAUGACAAACGUGCGUACACGGUGACUUUUCUCCCCGUCCCACGUCCUGCAUGACGACGUCGUCUUGUAUUUACAAAAACUAAUCUCUCACCACUACAUCCAAUCUAUCGGAGUUGAAUCAGGUGAUAGCUCUUCGUUGACUAGAUACCGUUGUGAGAUUUCAUGUACAACAACUGGGGUGAACUUUCGCUGGUAUAACUUUCUCUACAAUGACAUUUUCUGAUAGAAUUAGGUGAGCGAAGACAGUGCCAUGAGAGGGAGCCGAGGGGAGCUGGCGUUGUUACUUAAAUCAAGGGCUAAGUAGGAGUCCUGGGGUCUAGUCGUUUCCUACCUUUUUUAUGACGUAAAUUUGGCAUUUUGUGAUAACUUUUUACAAGCAACCUCCACGCCCCUAGCCACCAGUACCAUACUUGCGCAGGACCUCUUGUAAGAAAAUCCUCUCCGAGCCUUUGAUUAUGUAGAAUUGUGUUUAUAGGGAGAAAAAAAGAUUUAUUCAGCAUAUUGUAGACUUAACUGAAAAAUUAGGAAUGCCGAAACUAUAGAUGAUGCUUUUGAAGUUUUGUCGCAUUAUUUUUCGUUUUAGCCGGUGAUUGACUUCAGUUUCCUUCGAAAACAAACUGCCAAGUGUUUAAAAUAAUACUCGGAGAAAGUUUUUAAUCUUUCUUCCGAUCUAAUUAUGAGAGAAGUGAGCUUAAAAUAGAAAUGAUUUUAUAGAGAGUUUAUAUCAGAUUAUAUUGAUAAUUAUAAUAUGAGGAUAUUUUGCAAUUUAACAGAAUAGAGAUACAUAAUUGGCAAAUUAAUACAUAGUCAUUCACUUUUGCCUUGCGGUCACAGAAUUAGGGCAUUUCCAUAGAGAAGUUCUGGCUAAACAACUCUUGCUUGCGACGUAAAUGAUUCUCGAACACCCAAAGAGUAAAGCGUACUUGAAACAUGCGCUUUCUCGUGUGCUUCUAAUACCAAAGGGAUUGUAGAAUAUUUUUUGUAUUAACGUGUACAAUCGAAAGUCUCUCGUGUUUAAUGAGAAUAUUCCACGAUGAAGCAACAAAACUGAUAACACCAACAGGAUGGUCUAACCGAUCAUUUCUGUGAAUUAGAAAGCGCCCUUGGAUUCUAAAGAGAAGUCAUGUUGCCUUGCAACUCUGUAGGUUGGCAGCCAGUAGCAGAAUUAGAGAUAUUUAAUUUGCAUCAUCACGGUAACAUUUUUCGUUGCCAGGGUAGCAGUUGUAUAUUGAUGGUAAUGGGAACCGUAUUUUGUAAAUAGCUAAUAGAGUUUUAGUGUUGCAUCGAUGUAUAAUAUUGGUCUUUUUAUGAUGUACUCUUGAGUGGUUUAGAAGGGUUAUUUAUUUCACACCCCUUCUCCCUCGUCGGUAUCAUUAUAACAUUGUCUUCGUUAUCACAGACACUAUACACUGGUGGGGAGCAUAUUCCGUGUGUACUCUAUUGACUUCAUAGAAGGCAAACAUUAGCGUUUAGUCUACUGAAUGUAAUACUAGUGGUAGAUCUUACGAUCAAACAAGUUGCUUGUUCGGAUUAUUACGCUAAAGGGGCAUUGCUUGAUGAAGAGUACUUUGAAAGGGAAAAAAAAAGAAAAAACUGUCAGAUCUCAAGAAACGUUUAUAGAUAAAGAGCAUUUAGGCUCAGAACUACGCAUUCGUUUGGUCAAAACAGCUUUUUCUAUGAUUUGUCGUAAAUUUCUCUGCAAAUAUUCCUUUGAGUGAACGUAAUUACCGAUUUUAGGUUAUGACUAAGGUUAGACUUGAUCCAGGUAAAGCUUUUUAAAUUUUUUAUAACGUGAAACGUUUACUUCGGUUCUUAACCUUUAACGUUUCAGAUUGAAUCUUAACUAAGUAGCUAUUGAAGUUUAAUUAAGAUUUCCCUUAUUGUGUUCGGUAAAGUAAGCUCAAGUAGCGAAUAAAAGCAAACUGACUUUUGUAGUUUACUUAUCCAAGAACGAGUUAUUGUCAUGAGGUGUAUUUACUACUUUACUUUUCCCCUGCUUGAUUUUGAAAAAGUGAAGAGAAGUAAAGUUGUCUUGUCUUUCUCGCUUGUAGUUACGUCAGAGGUAACUCCUAAAGUUUUCUAACAUUGUAUUUGGUUGCCUUUUAAGUCGUAAAAGGCUUUGUUUUAGUGGGUCAGUAUUUCGCAAUAAAACAUACUUUCUAUUACUC